AUGUCUAAGCAUUCAGAAGAUCCAAUCAAAGGAGUAAAAGUGCAGAAGAGGAAAGUUGCUUCUAUUGCAUCUACCUCGUCACUGACUUCUACGCAUCAACAGUUAAUGAAUCAAGCAACUAAAAUGAAGAGAACUAAGAUCAAUGAAAUGAAAAAACAGAAACAAGAUUUUUUCAAACGAAUAAACUACAGCCAUUUGUUGACUGUUGUUGUGCUACCACUAUUGGCAGUCUUGUAUGUGGUCCUUUGCAAACAAAGCAUUGUUCCCGAGAAUGAAAGAACGUUGUAUUUCACUUGUAUAUAUUAUAACAUUACAAUGUUGGCAUUCACAAGUGGUUAUCACAAAUAUUUUGCUCACAACUCGUUCAAAGUCAAGGCUGAAUUAUUGAAGUACUAUUUUUGUAUUUUUGGAAGCAGCUGUGGACUAGGAUCAGUUCGAUGGUGGGCAGGUUUACAUAGAGCACAUCAUCAUUUCACUGACGAUACAGAACGAGAUCCUUACCUGAUUAAAAGAGGGUUUUUGUUUAGUCAUUACGCUUGGCUACUUAAGAAGCCUAAGCUUACAAAGUUUUAUUUGGAUUUCUUGGAACAAGAAUUCCCAGAGCAUGCAGAAAAUCAGAAAGUGCAAAACGAAAUAGUUUUAGAUAAAGAAAUCGAGACGGAAUACAAUGGUGAAGAUAUUAUGAGACAAAAUUACGACGAAAGUUUGCGCAAUCUUUUAAUGUGGCAACAAAGGACCUAUUUGUUUUGGUUUUUCGUUACUACCAUUUUGAUACCAGCCCUUAUUACUAAAUAUGUUUGUGGCGAUUCAAUAGUGCACGGAAUUUUAUACCCAGGCAUUUUGCGCAUGUUUUUAUGCCAACAGUCAUUAUUAAGUACAGAGUCCAUCUGCCAUUUAAAGAGAAUACAAGUGACAAUUCCAACGCAACCUUUCAACGAUAAGAACUCUUCCACUAAUUGCAACAAUCCACUAGUGUCUUUCUUAACCUACGGGCAAUCACACCAGAACUAUCAUCAUGAAUUUCCGCAUGAUUAUCGUGUUGACAAUAGUUAUUUAACUUAUGACCCUACAAAAUGGUUCAUAUGGAUUUUGGAGCAGUUGGGUGCAGUAGAUGAGUUAUCUCGAACUCCUGGUAACUUGAUUGUGCAGUUGAAAUUACAACAGCAACAACUAAUUAUUAAUAGAACAAAGAGUCAAUUGAACUGGGGCACGCCGAUUUCCAAGCUACCUUUAAUUUCACCAAGUGAUUUCAAAAAGAUUAUAUCAUCAACCUCGAACAAGGAUCGUAUAUAUAUAGUUAUCCAGAAUAUCAUUCACGAUAUAACUCCAUUCAUGGACCAGCAUCCUGGAGGGGUGGCCCUUUUGAAGGCUUCACAUGGGAAAGAUGCCACAAAAGCUUUUUAUGGUGGUGUAUAUGGUCAUCUGACUGCCGCGGUGAACUUAUUAGCAACAAUGAGGAUUGGAGUCUUGGAUGACGGCGAUGACGAAGAAGUUUGGAGACGAGUUGCAAGAGAAGAAAGGGAAGUGUCGAAUUCUACUGACUCUAGACCAGGCCACCAUCACACUGCUGAAGCAGCAUAG